AUGGUUCUGCACAACCCCAACAACUGGCACUGGGUCAACAAGGACGUCUCGGAAUGGGCCAGGCAGUGGUUCCAGGACAACCUGACCAAGGUCCAGGUUGAGAAUGGCGACGUCAAGGCCGGCGUGAGCAAGGUGGUCAGCAUGGAGGGCGACGUCGACGUCAGCCAGCGCAAGGGCAAGGUUAUAACCAUUUAUGAUGUCAAGCUCGUCCUGGAAUACUCAGGCUCUGCUCCUGAUGCCGACGAGGUCUCCGGUACGAUCACCGUUCCCGAGGUCGCCCACGACACCGAGGAGGACGAGUUCGUGUUCGACAUCGAUAUCUACUCCGAGUCCAAAGAGAAGCAGCCCGUCAAGGACCUCGUCCGGACGAAGCUCGUCCCGCAGCUGCGCAAGGCCUUCCUCCAGCUGCCCGGCGCCCUGAUCGCGGAGCACGGCAAGGACAUCCAGCACGCCCCCGGCUCCAACCCCUCGAGCGGCUUCUCGACGCCCAAGAUGCACCCGCAGACCGCCGCCGCCGCCAAGCCGGCGCAGCAGGCCGCGGCGCAGCAGAGCGGCGGCAAGCUCGUCAACACCACCACCGUCACCGAGUCGGAGGAGUUCCGCACCACGGCCGCCGAGCUGUACCAGACCUUCACCGACCCGCAGCGCCUGGCGGCCUUCACGCGCGCGCCGCCCAAGGUCUUCGAGGGCGCGAAAGUGGGCGGGCGCUUCGAGCUGUUCGGCGGCAACGUCAGCGGCGAGUACCUCGAGCUCGAGGAGCCGGCCAAGAUCGUGCAGAGCUGGCGGCUGGACCAGUGGCCCGCGGGCCACUACUCGCGCCUGCAGAUCGAGUUUGACCAGAACGACGUCGACAGCGUGACGGUCAUGCGGGUCACGUGGAGCGGCGUGCCCGUCGGCCAGGAGGAGGUGACGAAGCGCAACUGGGACGAGUACUAUGUCCGGAGCAUCAAGAAGACUUUUGGCUUCGGAACUAUUCUGUGA